AUGGAUCACACCGCCUUACUGCCGUCACUCCUACCGCAUCCAUGUCGGAGCAUAUCACGGGUUCAUUUCUGUAACUUUAACAUCAAUUUCUCAUCUUUACACUUUCAUCUGCGCUUCACUCCGCCACCACCCGCCCCUUUACUCCGCCACGACCCGCCCCUUUACUCGGCCACCACCCGCCCCUUUACUCCGCCACGACCAGCCCCUUUACUCCGCCACGACCCGCCCCUUUACUCCGCCACGACCAGCCCCUUCACUCCGCCACGACCCGCCCCUUCACUCGGACACCACCCGGCCCUUCACUCCGCCACCACCCGGCCCUUCACUCCGCCACCACCCGCCCCUUCACUCGGACACCACCCGGCCCUUCACUCGGACACCACCCGGCCCUUCACUCCGCCACCACCCGGCCCUUCACUCCGCCACCACCCGGCCCUUCACUCCGCCACCACCCGGCCCUUCACUCGGACACCACCCGGCCCUUCACUCGGACACCACCCGGCCCUUCACUCCGCCACCACCCGGCCCUUCACUCCGCCACCACCCGGCCCUUCACUCGGACACCACCCGCCCCUUCACUCGGACACCACCCGCCCCUUCACUCGGACACCACCCGCCCCUUCACUCCGCCACCACCCGGCCCUUCACUCGGACACCACCCGCCCCUUCACUCGGACACCACCCGCCCCUUCACUCGGACACCACCCGCCCCUUCACUCCGCCACCACCCGGCCCUUCACUCGGCCACCACCCACCCCUUUACUCCGCUGUUAUCAUGCUAGUUAA